CUGUUCGCUAGUUGGUCCGAAUCCUUCCAACCGCAUCAUUCAAAAAUAAAAUUUCCAGUGAAUCAAAACAAAGAAAAUGAAAUUGUCUCUUGCUCUCCUUGUCGUUGGGAUUUCCUCUGCUUCGGCUUUUGCCCCACCCGCCACCUUCACCACUGCGAAGGUAUCUACUWCACAGGUCAAUGCCGAACCCGAUGAAGAGGACGGUCUUGAUUUGGACUUAGGGGAAAUGUUUGAGAUGUGAGUGGGAAUUUUGGUGAUGCGUCUMGAAAUAAUACAGGACGCGACGCCGGAUAUAUUCCUUUCGACAUUGGUUUUAUUUUACAAACCCCGACAAUCCAAUCAUCGUGCUAACUAUUUUUUUUAAUUUUUUUAUGAAUUGCUGCAGGUUCGAUGCUGCCGAUAAGGGACAAGACUUCGACGAUGCCAUCAAGAAGGUGAAGGGUGACGAAUAAUCGAAUUUCUCGUGUAGCAACGAUGAGUCAUAGCUUUCGCUGUUAAGAUAGAAAAUAACGAAUAACCUCGAUAAUAUUCA